AACCCAAGGCGGAGAGUACGCAUGCGUCCUGGCCUCGCGCGGCCAGAGAGCAGCCUCCGCCGGGGCCGCGGGGGUCCUGGGAGCGUAAGGAGCCCCGCCUUCCCCGGACACAACCUGGCCAGCAUGGAGGAGAUGGAGGUGAGCACAGGCCAGAGCCGGACUGCAGGGCGCCAGGACUUGGUGACCUUCCGGGACGUGGCCGUGCACUUCAGCCGGGAGGAGUGGAGCCGCCUGGGCCCCGCCCAGAGGAGCCUCUACCGGGAGGUGAUGCUGGAGACCUUGGAGCACCUGGCCGCCCUGGGGCGUCCGGUUCUGAAAGCCGAGGUCAUCUCCCGACUGGAGCGAGGAGAAGCGCCCUGGACGCCGGAGGGACUGGGGCCCGGAGACCGAGGCCUGGGAUCCAUUUGUCAGGAACAGCAACAUGACAUCAAGGACUUACCUGUGCAUCGGGCCAUUUACCUGACAAAAUCCUCCCAGAAGAGACUGCAAAAGGAAAUGAUUCAUACUGGUGAGGAACCGUAUAAGUUUAAAGAAAUUGAGAAAGCCUUUAGUUAUUUGGGAAGUUCUAAUGAUUAUCAGAAAAUUCAUACUCCAAAGAAACUCCAUCUUUUUAAUGAAUCAGGGAAAACUUUUCUUCUACCUGAGAAAGCACAUGUUGGGAAAGAAUCCUUUAAUUCUAAUGAAUGUGAGAAAUCCUUUCAGUGGGAGUGUAAACUUGCUGCACAUCACAGAAUUUACACUGAACAGAAACUCUUUGAAUGUAGUGAAUGUGGGAAAAAUUUCAGCCAAAGGUCAUCCCUUAUUUCACACCAGAGAAUUCACACUGGCAAUAAACCCUUCGAGUGUAGCGAAUGUGGGAAAGCCUUCUACAACAAAUCUCAGCUUACUGUGCAUCACAGAAUUCAUACAGGAGAGAAACCCUUUGAAUGUAAGGAAUGUGGGAAGAACUUUAGCCUGAAGUCAUCCCUUAUUUCCCACCAGAGAAUCCAUACUGGAGAAAAGCCCUUUGAAUGUAAUGAAUGUGGAAAAAACUUUAGCCAGAGAUCAUCCCUUAUUUCCCACCAGAGAACCCAUACUGGAGAAAAGCCCUUUGAGUGUAAUGAAUGUGGGAAAAACUUUAGCCAAAGAUCAUCACUCACUUCUCAUCUGAGCAUUCAUACUGGAAAGAAAGCCUUUGCUUGCAACGAAUGUGGAAGAGCCUUCUAUGACAAAUCUCAGCUCAUUUUACACCAGAGAAUUCAUACUGGAGAGAAAACCUUUUUGUGUAAUGUAUGUGGGAAAGCCUUCUAUAGAAGGUCUCAACUUACUGAACAUCAGAGAAUUCAUACUGGUGAGAAACCCUUCGAGUGUAUUGAAUGUGGAAAAAAUUUCACUGUGAGGUCAUCACUUAUUCAGCACCAGAGAAUUCACACUGGAGAGAAACCCUUCGAGUGCACUGCAUGUGGGAAAGCCUUCUACAACAAGUCUCACUUUACUGAACAUCAGAGAAUUCACACCGGAGAGAAACCCUUUGAGUGUGCAGAAUGUGGGAAAAAUUUCAGCCUGAGGUCAUCACUUAUCUCACAUCAGAGAAUUCAUACUGGAGAGAAACCCUUUGAGUGUAGUGAAUGUGGAAAGAACUUUAACCAGAGGUCAUCACUUAUUAAACACCAGAGAACCCAUACUGGGGAGAAACCCUUCGAAUGUACCGAUUGUUGGAAAAACUUCAGUUGGAAGUCAUCCCUUAUUUCACAUCAGAGAAUUCAUACAGGAGAGAAGCCUUUUGAGUGUAAUGAAUGUGGGAAAGCCUACUACAACAGAUCUCAACUUACUGUACAUCAGAGGACUCAUAGUGGCAGAAAUCUUUUGAGUGUACAGAAUGUGGGAAAAACUUCAGUGAGAGGUCAUCCUUUAAUAAACAUCAGAAAAUACAUGCAGGAGAGAAACCCUGUGAGUACAACAAAUUUGGAAAUUCUAUCAUUUAUUGUACAUCAGACAAUUCAUUCUGGACAGGAACCCUUUGAGGGUAACUAAUGGGAAAUAUUUUACUACAAAUUUCAGCUUUGUGAACAUCAGAAAAUUCAGAGAAUUGUGCUACAGAGAAGUCCAUUCAAUAUAAUUAUGGAGAAAGCCUUCACUUGAAAAGACCACUUUAUUGAUCAUCAGAAUUCCUACUUGAGUAAAACUCUUUGAGUCUUACAAAUCUGGAAAACUUUAGCCAGAAGUCAUCACUUACCAAACAUGAGAAUGCCACGGAGUCAACUAAGUGAUCCAGUGGAGAGAGUUCUGCCCAUGCAGUCAGGAAUUCUGAAUUCAGAUUUAGUCUCAAGAUUCCCUAGCUGUGGGAUGCUGCACGAAUUAGUUAACCUUUUCAACAUCAGUUUCUUCAUCUGUAAAAUGGGGGAUUUGGACUUAGUGGCCUCUAGGUCUUUUCCAGCUCUAGUCUGUGAUCCUAGGAGGAAAUCCAUUUAUGUAAAGAAUGUAGAAAAGCUUUUCUACAAUGAAGAAAACUUACAAAACAGAAUUCAUACUGGAGGGUAAGCCCUUCCAGAAUGAAUAUGGGAAAGCCUUCGGAUACGGCUCAUGCUUGACUGUAUUAGAAAGCUCAUAUUUGAGAAAAAGAUAUUAAAACAACGCCAGAAAGGAUAUCUUACUGAUCAAUUCCAUUAAUACAAUUAAAUAUGAGAAAGCUUUUAGCACUAGUUAAACCUUUUCUGAGAAGGGGUCAAGAGAAUUGCUACAGAAUGGAAAGAAUAUGCAAUCAGAAUAGAAUCCACUUUAUUGCAAUGUAGAAGACAAGUCAGUGAAUGGCUUUAUUUUGUACCUCAUUAUCUCCCAUAGCUGUGUGUAACUAACAGAAAACACAUAAAAUGUUGAGCUCUCAACUGGUCAGCCCCUAGUUUUGGGGGUGAAUUAUAUGUCAGGGGAGGGAAUGCAAAGACUUUCAAAUCUACUUUGCCAUUGGACUUGGGAGUCCUGGGGAUGCUCCAUCUUUUGGUUGGCUUUGGAGAAGAACUGAGGGACGGGAAGCUCCCCAUAAGGCUUUGCCAUGACUACCCAUUGCACUUGAAGUAGAACCACAGUCUAAAGCGACACUACACAUGGCAAGAGAUGAGCAAUAUGGUUCCCCCUUCUCUCUGCCGUGGCAUUAUGGUGGAGCACUGUGCUGGACUUGGAGCCAAGAGGGUCUGGGGGCAGAUUCUGCCCCAGAAACCUCCGAGGGAUCUGCAAGUCAUACUCUGAGCCCCAGCGAGUGAGAGGUCCAACCUCAGUGACUUCUCGGGUACCUUCUGCCUCGAAAUCUCUGAUGGAUUCAUACUGAAGGUGACCUGCAAAAGUCUAACCCGCCAUUUGAUUAAGUGCUGAGCAAUAACAUUUUGUGGUAUUUGGGGAGAAAAGUACCUUCAUCUUCCUCUGGGCUUACCCCUUUGGUAUACUGACUGCCUCUACAUAGCAGCAAGUUACAUUAGUCAGUGCUCUUGGGGUGAUCUCUGCAGAAUCAGUAGCAAUUAGACAACUAUUAAAAAUGUUUUUUACAAAUAAAUUUAAGUAUUCAGAUGUAUGUAUAUAAGCACAUUUACAUUUCAUUAAAUUUUACUGAUGCCUUCUA